AUAAAGCGUUCUAAAUUCCCAUCUGACCGAGUGAUGGAGCGUUUAUCGACCAUCACAACCACCCGCCCAGACUCCCACUAUUGACAAUGGCCUCAACAGGGAUUGAGCCUCGUGCCUUUGGUGCCUUCCAGAGUACCCAGAAUAAAGACUGGUUUGAUGCAGACAUCGAUAAGGACUACAGCUUCAUGUUCGGGCCACAAAUGUCGGAUUAUUCCAUGGAUGCUACGUUCUUCGACCCAGUUGAGGGGCUCCCGAGUACAUACGGAGCAUUACAAAGCCAGGACGUCGAACCUACCGCACAAUCAAAAAAUAUGCUAGAGUAUCAGAGACUCCCAUCGAGUUCUCUAGCAGAUGGGGCUGAUGGACUCUUCACGCUCGAUAAUUUCUCUACUGUGUCAAGUGCGGACACUCUUCAACUUUCAAAGCUUGCUUCGACUGUUAGUAGAGCUUGCUCUGCCAUGGAAAGUAUCCCAUCUAUGUUGGAGAAACUUUCAAACUCUAUUGAUAGGAUUUCCACGGGCUUUGAGCGCUUUUCGGGGAGUCUUAAUGAAGCGUCAACUCUGGUUGAGAGGGUUCAUUCGCAAGCAGAGAAUGUAUCGGAAUACACUACUGCCGCAACUGGCGCUUUUGAAGGGAGAGUUGAUAGCUUGUCAGAGAGAAUUGAUGGUCUGGUCGCAACAGUGGAGGAAAUCGUCAAGCGUGAGCGUAUCGCGAUGGAAAAGUUUGGCAAUUUUGCAGGGCGUAUCAACCAGCCAGUUGACCUACUCCAGCGAAGCUCUGGGUAGCUCUAUUGUACUUGUAUCUAAGACCAGCAAACAUCUUUAACCACCCUAAUACUUUCUUGAUCUUGAAGAAUGCUUAUUGGGGGCACUCUUCUUCAAGUGCUAAGAUCUAUUGCUUUCCGCAUACAGUCGCAGAAUUCUCGUUCGUCCUAAGAUGACUCUGGCUUCUUAGAUCCAGAAG